CUCAAGAAACACCUGCAGAGAUCCACAGGGAAGAGAACUCACUGCUGCUCUGACUGUGGGAAGAGAUUUACCUUAUCAGGCAUUACAAUUCAUCAGAGAACACACACAGGAGAAAAACCUUAUAGCUGUGGUCAAUGUGGGAAGAGUUUUAGUCAAUCUGGAGAUCUGACAGUGCACCAGAGAAUACACACAGGAGAGAAACCUUAUAGCUGUGAUCAAUGUGGGAAGAGUUUUAGUCAAUCUGGAGAUCUGACAGUGCACCAGAGAAUACACACAGGAGAGAAACCUUAUAGCUGUGAUCAAUGUGGGAAGAGUUUUAGUCAAUCUGGAGAUCUGACAGUGCACCAGAGAAUACACACAGGAGAGAAACCUUAUAGCUGUGAUCAAUGUGGGAGGAGUUUUGUUCAAGCAAGCCAUCUGACAGUGCACCAGAGAAUACACACAGGAGAGAAACCUUAUAGCUGUGAUAAAUGUGGGAAGAGUUUUAGUCAAUCUGGAGAUCUGACAGUGCACCAGAGAAUACACACAGGAAAGAAACCCUUUAUUUGUGGUCAAUGUGGGAAGAGUUUUGUUCGAUCUGACCAGCUGACAUUACACCACAGAACACACACAGGAGAGAAACAUUUUAGCUGUGGUCAAUGUGGGAGAAGUUUUACUACAUUUAGCUAUCUGACAGUACACCAGAGAAAACACACAGGAGAGAAACCUUAUAGCUGUGAUCAAUGUGGGAGGAGUUUUACUUCAUCUAGCUAUCUGACAGUACACCAGAAAAAACACACAGGAGAGAAACCUUUUAGCUGUGGUCAAUGCGAGAGGAGUUUUACUACAUCUAGCUAUCUGACAGUACACCAGAGAAAACACACAGGAGAGAAACCUUAUAGCUGUGAUCAAUGUGGGAGGAGUUUUACUACAUCUAGCAAUCUGACAGUACACCAGAGAAAACACACAGGAGAGAAACCUUAUAGCUGUGAUCAAUGUGGGAAGAGAUUUGCUACAUCUGGCCACCUAACUCAACACCAGAGAAUACACACAGGAGGGAAACCUUAUAGCUGUGGUUAAUGUGGGAAGAGUUUUUCAGCAUCUAGCAAUCUGACUAUACACCAGAGAACACACACAGGAGAGAAAACUCAUAGCUGUGACCAGAGAUAAUCUUAAGGAGUUGUUUCAUGAUUUCAUGUCACAAUGUAGAAUGUUUUAACAUUGUAGUAGGAGUAUUUUAAUGAUUUCACAAUGUAGAAGCCUAAACGUUUGCCCCCUUAUGAAUUGAUUUCAACAUGGAUAUUAGCCUCGGGGAAAAUCCAGGCUCUGAAAUGGAAGAGUACUAUUUAUGUAAUUUAACAAAAAUGGACAAAGAAAAAAAGUUCAAAUCAAAUGUAUUUAUAUAGCCCUUCUUACAUCAGCUGAUAUCUCAAAGUGCUGUACAGAAACCCAGCCUAAAACCCCAAACAGCAAGCAAUGCAGGUGUAGAAGCACGGUGGCUAGGAAAAACACCAAAACCUAAGAAGAACCCUAUAGCGGAACCAGGCUAUGAGGGGUGGCCCGUCCUCUUCUGGCUGUGCCGGGUGCAGAUUAAAACAACAUGGCCAAGAUGUUCAGAUGUUCAUAAAUGACCAG